AUGAGGGGACGAUACGUGAAUGUCUUACUGCGGGGAAAAACAGGGUAUCUCACAUUGUGUGAAAUUCAGAUCCUCGGAGUACCUGUGACUGAGAGUGAAAGUUCUGCAAAUAAAAAUCUCGCCCUUCAGGGCCGUGCGACUCAGUCUACUAAUUACAACGCUUUGAGCUCUGCAAUGAACGCCAUAGACGGAAAUACGGAAUCAAACUAUAACCAGGGGUCUUGCUUCUCUAGUGUCAGCCAGCUUUCACCCUGGUGGAGAGUGGAUUUGUUAGAAACAUAUAAUAUAUCCCACAUUAUGGUCACUAACCGAGGAGACUGCUGUGCUGCGAACAUUAAUGGAGUAGAAAUACUUGUUGGGGACUCCUUGGCCAACAAUGGCAACAAUAAUCCAAGAUGUGCUCAGAUCGGUUCUAUACAACUGGGUGGCACUAGCACCUUCUAUUGUCCUAACAUGAAGGGCCGAUAUGUGAAUGUAAUACUGCGUGGAAAAACAGGAUAUCUCACAUUUUGUGAAAUUCAAGUUUUUGGAACACCUGUACCUAACGAGGAACAAUUUGUCUGCUUAAAAAAAGAUAAUCUCGCCCUUCAGGGCCGAGCAACCCAGUCCUCAAGUUUAGAAUUUUUAAGCUUGGGAAUGAAUGCUAUAGAUGGAAAUUCGGAUCCCAUCUACGCCUACAGGUCUUGCUUCUCUAGUAAAUAUGAGGCGUCACCCUGGUGGAGAUUGGAUUUAUUGGCAAGCUAUAAAAUAUCCCACAUAACGAUCACCAACAGAGGUGACUGCUGUGCAGAGUACAUUAAUGGAGCAGAAAUUCUUAUUGGAGGUUCACUAACCAACAACGGGAACAAUAAUGCAAGAUGUGCUCAGAUCACAGCAAUACCACUGGGUACCACUCUGACUUUCCAGUGCUUCGAUAUGAAAGGCCAAUAUGUGAACAUUGUCCUACCUGGGAAAACAGCAUAUCUCACAUUUUGUGAAGUUCAGAUCUAUGGAGACAAGAACGAUGAGCCUGGGAAGCGGAAGGAGCAGAGCUGUGUGCUGGAGACGUACAG